CCAAUCAGCACUAAUCUAUACUUAUCUCUAAUGUCUACCAGAUAAUGAUUGUAUUACAUAACAGAUGAUGAUUGUAUUACGUAGUAAUACUUUAAUCAACUUUAAUGCUCCAUAUCUCGCUUCGCAGAGCAGUCCCGGACAUUUUUCUAACAAUUUAAUCAACUUUAACGCUCUACAUCUCGCUUCGCAGAGCAGUUCCGGACAUUUUUCAGAUUCUUUAAUUUUACACAAAAACGCAUCGAAUGAGCCUAAUUUCACCGAAAUUGGAGUACGGAAGAAAUUGAUUUAAGUUGGCAAGCGCAACAUCUUUGCGUCAGUUACUCGCAAUGAAGCAUGCAAUUAUCCUCGUUCUUGCUGUUGCAGCGACAAUUGAGUCAAUAAAUGGCUGCAAAAUCAAACGCCGAUUGGAGUUUGGAGACGAAAGCGGAGAUGAUGGAUAUUAUUGCGUUUGCAAUAUGACGUACUGCGACGAAGCUCCGAACGUGAGCAGGACAUCCAAUAGAUUUAAAUAUUUCCUAAUAACAUCCAGCAAAAGUGGUUUGCUCUUUAACGUAUCAAACGGUAUAUACAAAACGUAUAAAUUGAAUGGCAAAUCAGCUCCAUUGGGAAAGAUCACUAUAAAUCGAAAAGACGUAUACCAAAAAAUCUAUGGAUUUGGUGGGGCUGUAACUGAUUCAGCGGCUAUGAACAUUCAUGAACUAACGCUCGAGGUAUCCGAGCACUUAUUGAGAAGCUACUUUGGUCCGCAUGGUAUCAAUUACAAUUUCAUAAGAACGCCCAUGGGUGGCUGUGAUUUCUCAAUGAGACCUUACACUUAUGCAAUGGUAGAAAAUGAUACUUCGCUUCAACACUUCGAAUUACAAGUAGAGGAUAAUCUUUUCAAGAUACCGAUAAUAAAGCGAGCUCAAAAAAUAAAAAAAGGGAAAAUUAAGUUGUUGACUGCACCAUGGAGCGCCAGUCCAUGGAUGAAAACUAAGAACUCUUGGACGAUUGAUACUAAAUUACGUCCAGAAUAUCGACAACUAUGGGCAGAUUAUUUCGUAAAAUUUUUCAAGGCUUAUCGUCAUAAUGGUUUAGAAUUUUGGGCUACAACGCCUCAGAAUGAACCAGAAAAUUACAAGUAUAUUCCGCUAAGUAAUAAUAUGUCUAUCAACGCAAUGGCAUGGACAGCCGAGGAAGAACGUGACUGGAUUAUCAAUUACUUGGCGCCAACCUUAAAGAAAAAUAAUUUCGAACAUAUCAAGAUCUUCAUAUUGGAUGAUACCAGACUAUCGAUUCCUGAUUGGCCAAAAACAAUAUUUGAAGAUAAAAGAGCAAGAGAUAUUGUUUCUGGAACCGCGGUCCAUUUUUAUUUUGAUCAUUUUAUCAGUCCGAGUGUCUUGGAUGAAAUAAAAAAGCUGUUUCCAGAGCAGUCAAUAUUAUACACGGAAGCUUGCGCUGGAGUUUUCGAAGAGCAAAAAGUGAUACUGGGAUCGUGGAAACGUGCCGAAUUGUACGCAGCGAAUAUCAUCGAAACUAUGUCGCACUGGGUGUCCGCUUGGAUCGACUGGAACAUUGCUUUAGAUACGAAUGGUGGACCCAAUUGGAUCAACAAUUUUGUUGAUUCUCCAAUAAUAAUCAACAGCACUGCCAAUGAAUUCUAUAAACAACCGAUGUUCUAUGCAAUUGGACAUUUUUCAAAAUAUGUCCCACCUGGCAGCAAGAGAAUUGGCAUAAAAUCGCAGCAUAUCGCGAAUAUGCGAAACAUUGCAUUUUCCACGCCUGAUGGUGGUACCGUAUUGGUGAUCUUAAAUUUGAACGAAGAGGACAAAGAAAUUUUGAUCCACGAUCCAAAGAAAGGAACAACAAAACUUAAAAUCCUCGCAAAGUCCUUAAAUACCAUGAAAUAUUGGUGAUGUAGUUGAAAUAUAAAUCCGCUGUAAUGUAAUAUAUUGAUAGAUACACAUAAUACGUGAUGUGAACACUUAAAUCGUUUUACAGAGUUCUUUACAAAGAAUUCUUUUAAGAUCUAUCUAUUUAAAUUUGAGGGGGGGAGAGGGAUUAUUAAUAUUUCAGAGUGAUUGUAUUGAAAGUCCGAAUGUAAUUGGCACGCAAUCAUAUGUUUUGAGAU